GAAAACAAAAAAAUAUAAAUCGAGGAGUUGCAAACAAUAAUCCGCUUUUGCCAAUAUUCUUUUGUCCAUAUGAACGACGUCUAUGUACAAGAGAAAGGGGCCCUCCACCAGCAUAUAAAGUGGCUUUUGUUAGGCUUCUAAUGCAACCCUUUCCUUUUCGAUUUCUCCAUCAUUUUUCUCUGUUCCUCUCUUCUCUUAAUUGCAAGCACUCGGCCUCGGCAAUCAUGUCACAUAUCAUCUCUUCCUUUACCCAUGUUAUAGCACAACGUUAUCCCGCCCUGUUUCGCCAUCGCUGGAUCGCAGUCGUCAGUGUCAUUAGCGCCUUGAGUGUAUUGCAACGCAUCUAUUCCACGCUGCGUGUGCCAAAGCAGCUGCGGCAUUUGCCAAAAGUCAGCACGUUUGGAUGGUUUCUCAGUGUAUUUCGAGGUGAUCCCGCGGAUAUUCGUCUGACACAAUGGGUGAUGCCGACGGUGGAACAACAUGGAAUCUGCUUAAAAUAUUACCUUGGACGGUGGACGGUGACAGUGGGCGAUCCUUUGCUGCUGCAAGCCAUGCUGAAAAAUGUCAACGCGUUUCCGAAAGAAGAUAAAGCGCGCCUUGAUCCUGAUCUUUUAUUGACCAACCGAGAAUCCAAUAUGGGAAAUGCUAAUUAUGAUGUGUGGAAACGACAGCGACGAGUGGCUAACCCGGCUUUUCACCGUGCCAUGCCUGUUCACGUGUUUGGAGAGAUUACAUUGAGGAUGUUUCAAGCCAUCGAUAAGCAACAUUCAGACGGGGUCAUUGACGCAGCGGAUUACAUGAGACGGUAAGCCAAAUUCUUUUUCUUUUCUCAAGAACACCUCGAAAGCGUGGUAUAAGGCGAAAGAAAAUUUCUAAGAUGACCGAGAAGAAACGAUCAAAAAGUGGAUGAACCGGGUGGAU